AUGGAUCCAGCUUUUACACUAAAGAGAACUUUAGAAGUUGAUUUAAAACUGUGCAUUUUUUGCCAAAAGCACAAUAAAUCAAACGAAAUUCUAAAAGAAUGUACUGAAUACAGUAGAAACGUUGUUCGCGACGCUACGAUAAAACGACGAAAGCUCAGGGAUGUCGCCAACAGGGAGGUAAGUGAUCGUUUAGAUAAUCUACUUGCAACAAAUCAGGAAGAUUCGAUUGUGUGGCACAGAAAUUGUUAUGCGCAGUACACAAGUAAGGAGAAAAUCCAACGACUGGAACAGAAGCAUGUUGCCAGUGGUAGCAAUGAAGCCCCUCGAAAUAAAACAAUCGCAUCAACCAGUCCUCGUCAAACACGAAGUCACGCUCAACAAGUUAAUUGGGAACAGUGCAUAUUUUGUCAAAAUGAACACUCAGGAGAACGAUUGUCGUCUGUAAUGACUUUCAAAAUGAGUGAGAAUGUUAUCCAAAAUGCACAAUUCAACUACAAAGUUAGAGUGCGUUUGGGUGGCGUGUCUGAUCUUAUAGCAGCGGAAGCAAAAUAUCAUCUACCUUGUUUAAGUGCAUUCAACCGAUAUGCCGAAAAAACAAAGCGCGAAACAAAGCAAACUGAUCUAGCAUUGGUUUGGUUGUGUGAAGAGUUGGAAUAUGCUGCUGAAAAGGGUCAUGUGAUCAAGUUAAGCGAUGCAAGGGAAAGAUACACCACGCUAGCAGAAAAAGCACAAGUCGAAAUUCCUAGCUCAUUUUUAAGCCGAAGAUCAACGUUCAAAGAUAAGCUGCUGUUGAGACUUGCAAAUGUGAUAGAUUGUAUCCCGUCCGGACGUGAAAGCUUGCUUAUUCCGACUAAAUGUGUUAAUCUUGCUGUAUCACAAUUGGCUACUGAAACGGAUGAAUUGCUUACAAUGCCUACAUAUGAACCAAACGAGGAUAUUUUCUUAUCUUUGGUUCAUGUUGCAUUGAAGAUACGUGGAGACCUGAUGGAAACGCCUGGGCACCGAGGUUUUGGAAUUUGUGAGCAGGAUGCCAUUGAUUGCGUCCCAGAUAGCUUGUUUAUGUUUUUACGCCUCCUGUUUGGCGGCCAAAAACUUCUAGAAGGAGAAAAUACUGAGAAGAAGGAAGCUGAAACCAGAUGCAAGGUGCUCUCAAUUGGUCAAGAUAUUGUGUUUGGAGUGAGUUGUGGAAAGAAAUGGACACCCAAACACGUUGGCCUGGGCAGCACUCUUCAUCAAGUUACACGGUCGAAGGAUCUAGUCAGACUUUUUAGUCAAGCUGGUCAUAUUUUAAAUUAUGAUCAAAUUCUUCAGGUUGACACCGGCUUAGCUGAGAGCGUUCUAGAUUCUUUAGAUCCUAAUACUGGCAGCGUAAUACCACCAAACUUGGUUCAGGGAAAAUUCGUUCAUUUUUCUGCCGAUAAUAUCGAUAUUCUGGAUGAGACAAUGGAUGGUAAAAACACGUUUCACGCAACUCAAAUUGCUGCAUGGCAGCGGGAAGCGGAAACGAACACGUUGCUUGAAAACCUAAAGCCAUCGACUAAGCGCUGUCUAAAUGUACCAGAGUCAAUGAACGCGAUUUAUCCAGUGGAGGUAAAAAGAGGUUCACCAGUGUUUUCAAACGAAGUAACUGAAAAAAAUGCUGUUGAAAAUAAUAACAAUGUAGUACGUACGGCUCAAGCAACUGACGUUGCUUUCAACAUGUUGCGACAGAAAGCUGAAAUGAAGAAUGGGUGGACAGAAUUUAACCAGUUGCUGUCAGCUAAUGAACAAGAUGUAACAACAGUGGGAUAUAUGCCAAUCCUUCAGGCCCCUGCACAUGAAUUUGAUACGCUCAACACAGUCGUAAAACAGUGCAUGUAUAUUGCAACUACGCUUGGACAAAAGCAUACAGUUAUUACAGUUGAUCAAGCAUUAUAUUGCAAGCUAAUAGAAUUGAAAUGGGCAAUCCCUGAAUACCAAGAUAAGCUGGUGAUACAGCUGGGUGGUCUUCACAUAUCCAUGUGUUUUCUCAAAGCGAUUGGAAACCACAUGAAUUCGUCAGGUUUGGUAGAAGCAUGGGUUGAGAGUGGACUCCUUGGACCAAAUGCAUCAGAGCAUGUUAUGAAUGGAAAGGGGUACAAAACAGCAAUGCGUACUCACAAAAUCACUCUGCAGGCAUUGUGGAAGUCGCUGCCACCUUUACUGUUGAAGUUUUACCAGACGUCCUACCCAAAUCAUUAUCAAGAGAUAUCAGCUUUUGCAUCUUCUACAGAAUCAGCUGAAGAACUGAUAACAUCCCUUAAAUCAUCAGCGGGACAAGACGCUUUCGACGAUUUUGUAAAACAAAAAUCUGAAGAGAACGUUAAUUUCCUGUUUUGGUGGAGCUACAUGGAGAUGGUGUCAAUCUUGUUAAUGUUUACACGUGCUCAGAGGAAUGGAUGCUGGGAACUGUACAUGCACAGUUUUCGCUUGAUGAUGCCAUACUUCUUCAGAUACGAUCAUUAUAAUUAUGCCAGAUGGGGAUCAGUGUUCAUCGCAGAAAUGGAUCAGUUACCAACAGAAGUGUUAGGUGAGUUCAAUAGCGGUAACUUCGUUGUCAAAUGGAAUGCGAGAAAAUUCAACCAAGUCAGUCCGGAUCACAGUCUGGAAUGGCUCAAUGGCAUUGGGAAAAGAGGAGGAGGUAUCGUGUGCAUAACGAAAACAACGUCUGCCUUAAGUAGAUGGGCACUGUCUUAUAAUCUGCGAUCACAGAUUGCUGACGAAACACACAAGAUGUUUGGGCUAAGCCAUGAAGACAAGUUUUCACACAAUGAAUCGACCCCAGCAAGGAAACACCGCGACAACAUGGACGAAUCUUCACUCUGCGCCAUUUUUGAAGAGUACAAAGUUUUUUCCCCGACAGCUCAUCCAGAUUGCCUUUAUAACAUCGCUACAAAAGACCUCGUCACGGAAGCGAUUCAGGUUUCGCUAUUAAAUGCGCGAGAUCUUGGUCAGCAGCAAAUGAGCGAAUUUGUGAAGCAACGUCUACAAAGUGUCCCUGACGGCCAACAGCCGAAGAAAGCAGUCAGCCAGAAAGUGGAAUUUUAUGACACCAUUCACAAGAACAAUGCUCCAACCUUUGAUAGUUUGUAUCGAAUUGUGAAGGCAAAAGAAAAAGAUAAAUCCACAAUGCUACGAGCUGACAGGAAUGUCUUGCAUCGUUUAAUAGUAGCUUAUGAAGCUGGGCGCAGUGUAGAUUUGCAAAGUGUAUUAAAAUACGAGUUGAUGCCUGUACCUGUGGCGCUAGCAGAAAUGAAUACUAGCCUCAGAACUGGACAGAAAUCUGUACUCGCUGACAUUGUUGCACAGGGAAUAGAAUGCCCAAGUCAAAUUAAAUUCCAAGGUCGAUCGGGCUUGUUCAUAGACGGCAUGGCAUUAGUUGUUGGAAUCGGGAAGCCAUCUGGUACCCAAACGUUUGAGGAUUAUGCAAAUGCGUUUCAAACAGCUGUGUUAAAGGCUGGGUCACGUUAUCAGGAAAUCCACGUCGUAUUUGACCGCUAUGUUGAAGACUCUAUAAAAUCGGGAACAAGACAAAGGCGCACACAAACGACAUGUCCCAUCCGACGGGUUAUUGAAAACGGCAGUGUCCCACUCCCUCACAAUUGGCAAAACUUUCUUGCAUUACCAGACAACAAGUCGGAUCUGUCCAGGUUUCUUUCCGAGUACAUCAUUGCCAAUUCGCCCCCAGAUAAAAUUAUUGUAGUUGGUGGAGGAUUUAUAGAUGAAAGGGAAGUACAGUCCUCAGAUCGAUCGGGAGAGUUAAUCGAUGUAAGUGAUUUCAGUGCAAUACACGAGGAAGCAGAUAUACGUUUGAUCCUCCACUGCGCCAAGAGUAAUCUCGACACCAUUGUUGUAUCGGCGAGAGACACUGAUGUUCUGUUGCUUCUGAUCGCACAUGCUCCGCACAUACCGUGCACUAACCUUUGGAUGAAGUCUGGUACAGCUGCUAAACGAAAGUACUACAACAUUAAGGCUAUCUACGAGAAUCUUCCGGCAGGAUCUACCAAAGCUCUGCUGCCUUUCCAUGCCUUAACUGGCUGUGACACUACGUCUUUUAUAUACAAUCACUCAAAAAAAUGUGCAUGGAAGAUCUUCCUUGAGCAUCACCAACUACUUUCGUCGAUAGGUGAGGGCGAAUUAACAGAGCAGAAGAAAAAAGCAGUAGAGAAGUUUAUUUGCACGAUGUACAAAUUGGAUCUUGCGUCGGUUGAUGAGGCCCGAGUUGUACUUUUUUCCAAGGCAGGAAAGCCGGAUGCAUUACCACCAACAAGUGAUGCAUUAUCACUACACACCUCACGUGCUCACUAUCAGACACUUGUUUGGAAACAAGGGCACUGUUCAGAGCCCUUACUUCCAGAUCCUGUAACCAUGGGAUGGAACAGAACCGAUGAUAACAAACUGCGACCUGUUCUGAUGAGCCAAGAUCCGAUUCCAAAGGCUUGCUGUGAAAUAAUCUCUUGUUCAUGUCGUACUGGUUGUACAACUUGUCGGUGUAGUUGCAAGAAGGCAAGCUUGUUCUGCACAAGUGCUUGUGGGUGCGGGAAAACUGAUGACACAAACUGCUGUAAAAACACCAACACUAAGUGA